CCGGUGCCGCCGCUUGUGAUAUAAAAGACCCAAAUGUAGCGCCGAUAUUGUGCGUUGCGGUGGUGCACUAGUUACAGCAGACAGUCAAUUCUGGAGUUUGAUGGCCCGACUCGGCCUCCUGGAGUAUGUGGAGGCUAAAUUGAAGCAGGGAGAAGAACAGGAGUACAAGUUUGAGGUCGGGCGUUUACUGACUUAUGUGAAUUGGCCGUCUGCUGUACUUAGUGCAUCACCCACACGCCUCGCGAAAGCAGGGUUCUAUUAUAUGGGAAGAGGGGAAGAAGUGUGCUGUUAUAGCUGUCAUGUACUGAUAAAAGACUGGAAAAUCGGAGAAAAUCCUUUUCAGAAACACUCAGCGCUAUCUCCUCAUUGUUUACAUAUGCUUGGACUGGAUGAAAACAACGUCCCAAUUACUGCACCUACCGAUGACAUAACGACUUCAUCCACGCAGCAAGUAGUACGCGCUGCAACUGAUGCACUAGGCAGCAGGCGGCCAUUGUCUUCUCUAACGCAAUCCACAACACAACCUCGACCUCAACCAAGGAGUACAGGCCUCGAUGAGCCAGACAACGCCACCGCGGCUGUUAACAAUAUCACGCCACUAAGUAGACAGUCUCCAAGGCCAGUUUCUCUCCAGAGUCAUCUUAACCAUCAAGGCAGCUCUCAUGCUGAUUCAAUGCGAGACGAACUUACACGACUGGCCACUUUUCAAAGUUUUCCCACCACGUGCCCUGUUCGACCAGCAGACCUCGCUAGAGCCGGCUUCUUCUACGUGAACGUUGACGACACGGUGAAAUGCGCCUUCUGUGACGGAAUGAUCAGGAACUGGGAGAGAGGGGACCGCGCCUUUGACGAACACGCCAGACACUUCCCUAAUUGCUCCUUUGUACAACAGAACCGGCGUAAUGUACAUGUAGAGUCUAACAAUCGCCCACAUUUUAACCAAAAGGUGUACUGCAUCAUAAAAUUCCACGUAGAUAUCACAGCCCUCACACAGCAUGUUAUAAAGAUCGCUAAUGGCACUAACAAGUUUCGCAGAGAUAUAGCAGGAAUUACAAUGAUAAACACACAAUAUGAGUAACUAAUAUAGAUGAUGUUCUGAUAGUGAUACCAGUUCACUAACCCCGGACAAAGUAUUUCAUAUGUGGGGUUAAGAACAAUGAACAAUGAUCUAAAGGGAAGGCACAACUAUACUACGAGACACAAAAUAUUCUGGUAAAGAAGUAUUAAAAUCUUUAUCCAAAGGAAUGCUGUUCGAUAUUAUGUUCAAUUUACUCUGCAAACAUAAGAAAACCUGGCUAACAUUUUUUCUGAGGACUAUUGAAAAAUGAUGCUAAGACUCUUGUCAGAAUCCGUCGGAGGUCUUUCAUGGGAAGGCGUCUGUUGUGAAUGAGAGAAUGUUUCCUUAAAAAGACGGUUACAGUAAAUGUAAGGACUUCUACCAGAGAUGGCUUUAUGGGAUCGGAUGACUAAACAUACAUACACUAUAGUUGUAUAUUCAAUGGUUGUAUAUUCGCUGCUGCGAAAUAAAACUGCAGAAGAACGGUGAUAGACAAUAUUUCGACGCAGUACUCUAUUCUUUGCAACUUUGCAUUGGAGCACGUCAAGCGUAAAAAAACUCUUUGAAAGCAAAAUAAAUAUUUUAGGCAUCUUCCUGAAAAGCGAAUAUGGAACUAGAUCACUCUACGGACGAAUGGGAUAGCUCUCCAAUUCCUCCGACUUCUAAAAAUGACAAAAAAAGUCAAUGUCGUGUUGUUGUGUAUUGCUUUGAUUUAUACUGAUAGGACUAAGCGUUGCAGCUAUAAUAUGGGGGUUUAUUCACGACAGCGUACCCUGGGUGGUUGCAGGUGCCGUGUUAAUAGUGGUCAUAUUGGGUGUCUAUGCAAUGCUGCUUUGUAGGACGUGAUAUGUGACAUGAUUAUCAAGUAUACCGAUAGGGAUGCCUUAAAGCCUUUACAUAACGCUAACAAAAUUCCAAGUUACUUUAAAAUACAUGAGCGUUAUUUUAGUUUAUACUUGUAGAGUAUGGAAAACGGCAACAAGGGAAAGUGAAUUAAAUGCAACAAGUGAAAUAAAAAAAGAAAAAAAAAGACAAGCUACUUGCUACAUGUAAUAUCUGAGGCCUAACAAGGUAGACAAAAUACAAACUAAAUACAAUUGCAGUUCCUAAGUUUUUCCACUUAUUUCCAACUAUUGCGAACUCUCUGGCGUCUAGAAUCAGUUGAGAUGACCUUGCAUAUAACACGUUUCGCAACAAAAGCAUUCCAACAACAACAAAACAGAAUGCGUGAAUAUUUCCACUCCAUUGUCACCUGACGCAGUAUCACGUGACUUUACAAGCAGGUACUACAACCCUAGCUGAUGUUCAUUAACGAUUAGGUAUCCUGCAUCAUAAAAUUCCACGUAGAUAUGACAGCUCUCACACAGCAUGUUAUAAAGAUCGCUUAGGGUCUUAACAAGUUUCUCAGAGAUAUAGCAAGGAUUAAAAUGAUUAACGCACUAUAUAACUAAACUAAUAUAGUUGAUUCUCUGAUACCAGCACACUAGUCCCAGAGAAAGUAUUUCAUAUGUAGAGAUAAACGACAAACAAAGCCCAGCUGGGUAUUUUACAAGAAAAAAAUAUUCUGGUAAAGAAGGAAAAAAAUCCUUACGAAAAGGAUGCUGUUCGAUAUUAAGUACAUUUUACUGUGCUGCAAACAUAAGAAAACUUGGUAAACAUUAGUUAACAUUAUUUCUUGGGAUUUUUGAAAAAUGUGGCUAAGACUUUCGUCGGAAUCCGUCGGAGGUACGUCUUUCAUGGGAAGGCGUCUGUUGUGAAUGAGAGAAUGUUUCCUUAAAAAGACGGUUACAGUAAAUGUAAGGACUUCUACCAGAGAUCGCUUUAUGGGAUCGGGUGACUAAGCAUACAUGUACUAUAGUUGUACAUCCAAUGCUGCGAAAUAAAACUGCAGUAGGACGGUGGUAGACAAUCUUUCUCCACAGUUCAUGUACUCUAUUCUUUGCAACGUUGCAUUGGAGCACGUCGAGCUUAAAUUAAACCCUUUGUAAACAAAAUAUUUUAGAUAUCUUCCUGAAAGUCAAACAUGGAACUAGAUCACUGUGCGGAGGAAUCGGAUAGCUCUCCUUUGGUGACGACUUCUACAAGUGACAAAAAGUUAGGGUCGUGUUGUUGUGUAUUGCUUGGUUUCAUACUGAUAGGACUAAGCAUUGCAGCUAUAGUAUGGGGGUUUAUUCACGGGAGCGUUCCUUGGAUGGUUGCAGGUGCCGUGUUAAUAGUGGUCAUAGUGUGUGUCUAUGGAACGCUGCUUUGGAGGUCGUGAUACAUGUACAUGUGACAUGAUUAUCGAGCAUACCGUUUAAAUAUUUACUUAACGCAAACAAAGUUAUUUUUAGAUACACGGGUGUUAUUAAGUUCAUGUCUGGAAAGAAUGGACAACAACAAACAGGGUCACGUAAACCCCUUCCCCUCUCUCACAAAACCAGCUGAAUGGAGAGAUAGCAUAUCUCUAUUUUUUAAAAAAAUUGUUUAAGAUUCCUGUUUGCUUUCCUUCGGUAUUUAAUUUUAGCAGUGCUCUUUUGCCAAUUUUAAUGGUGAUAUGGAGAAGAGCUAAAAUGAAGACAGCUACCGGUGUGAUGUGCUGAAGAAUGACACAAUAUUGCUCUUAUUAUCGAUGCUUAUUGUCAAACAAAGAAUUAUCAAAUAAAUUCACUGCUUUGAGAGAGAGAGAGAGAGAGAGAGAGAGAGAGAGAAUGAAAUACUGGUGGUAUAAAGUGAUCCAUGUUUGAAUAAAGAUGA